AAUGCCCCCGCCAUCUGCGCCUGGGAUGCCGAUCUCACGUACCGGGAACUCGAUCAGUUGGCCACCAAGUUAGCCACUCAGCUGGUAUACAGUGGGCUCCGGCCCGGCAUGCUGGUUCCCUUGUUGUUCGAAAAGUCCGCCUAUACUCACGUGGCCCAGCUCGCGGUUCUCAAGGCGGGAGGUGCAUUCACGACCCUCCCAGCGGAUCUGUGUCCGGCGCGGAUUGAGUUGAUUGUGGGACAGUUAGCACCUGAAGGGAGCGCUCAUCUGGCUCUCGGACUGUGUUCUCCGUCGUUGACCAAGAUAUUGGCGCCACUGGUGUCCCGGGUCAUUCUGGUGGACGAGGCAACCAUGGCAGGAACUCCACAAAGGCCGGAUAUCGGAGACAUUCAGGUGCAACCUCACGAUCCCGCCUACGUGAUAUUCACCUCAGGCACCUCUGGGAUCCCCAAAGGGGUGGUGGUGGAGCAUCGCAACAUCUGCAGCUCCUGCCGCUACUUUGGCAGGGAGGCAAUGGCGCUGCACCGACCCGGAGUCCGACACUCUCAAUUCCUCUCCUACGCGUUUGACGGUUCUAUCCAUGAGAUCUUCUACACCCUCGCCAAUGGGGGCUGUCUGUGUGUCCUCUCGGAAGAUGAACGCUUGAACGAUAUUGCCGGGGCCAUGACCCGCAUGGGAGUCACCCAUGCGAAAUUUACCCCAUCCAUUGCCGCACAACUCGCACCGGAGGACUUUCCAACCCUGCAGCAGCUCUUCCUCGGUGGCGAGCCACUCACCGCGGCCAGUGUCGAUCGCUGGCGCCCGCGGGUCGAGGUGUGGAAUAACUACGGCCCUGCGGAAUGUACCGUGCAGUCGGCCGUCAUCAGCUGUGCAGACUCGAAAUGGGCUUCGGAAGUGGUUGGCCAGGCGGGAGCCAGUCGCUGUUGGGUCGUCGACCCCAGCAAUCCCCAUCGCCAGCUACCCCGGGGAUGCAUCGGCGAGAUCGUGGUGGAAGGCCCUAACGUCUGUCGCGGCUACCUGCGGAAUCCGACGGACACCCACCACGCCUUUGUCCAAGGACUCUCCUGGGCUCCAUCGCGACGCUUCUACCGCACCGGUGACAUGGGGUAUCUGGAUUCCUACGGGCUCUUGACCGGCGCCGGUCGCAAUGACGAUCAGGUCAAGAUCAACGGGCAACGCAUUGAAUUGGGCGAGGUGGAGACCCGCCUCCAGUCGGUGCUACCGGCCAAUUCACGCGGAGUGGUGGACGUGGCGAACCCGCACGGCCGGGGCAAGGUCCUAGUGGCUUUUAUCCAGCUAUCUGCCCGGAGCGGUCCUGGAUCCGUUGAGCAGUUGGAAGGUCGGAUUCGAAAGAGCCUGGUCAAGGUGCUCCCGCCAGCGUUUGUUCCCUCGCGGAUCUUCCAGGUGGAGGAGAUUCCCAUGGGCGCGACGGGGAAAACAGACCGCAAGACCUUGCGCCGACUGGCCGACGAGCUGUUGACUGACUUGUCGGACCAGAUCCCAGCACCAUGCGACAUGGCUCUCAUUCAAUCGGUGGACGUGGGGGAGAAACGGCGCGUGCUCCAGCAGAUGUGGGCCGAUACCCUACAAGUGCCGGUGGAAACCCUACAUUCCCACUCCGACUUCUUCUUCUUGGGGGGAACCUCCUUGUUAGCAAUGCGUCUGACUGCCCUGGCCCGCAAGCAAUCCUGGGAUCUGAGUGUGCAGAAGAUCUUUGCCCACCCGAUCCUGAAUGCUACCCUCCGCCAGCAGAUCAAAUCCGAGCUUCUGCAGCCCUCCCAGCCUCUGAGCCAGUUCCACCUGUUAUGCGAUGAGUCUAGCUCUCACACCCUGAUCUGGACCCAGCAAACUGGCUACGACCUCGAUGAUCUGGAGGACGUCUUUCCCGUCACUGCCUAUCAAAAAGCAACCUUUCUAGACUCUCUCCGCACCCCCGGCACCUGUGUCCUGCAGACUCGAUAUCGCCUUCCGGAAACCCUCAACCUCCAGCAAUUCCACCACGCCUGGCAGCAAGUCUGCCAACGAUUCCCCUGCCUCCGAACCCGACUCAUCCGCCUCGACAACGGGGACAUCCUACAAGCCAUCAUCCCCCAACCCACCCCCCUCCAAACCCUCCACUGCACCACCCUCGACGACCUCCACCCCCACCCCCACCACUCCAUCCAAACCAUGACCCACCCCGGCGCCCCCUUGAACACCGGCCUCCUCGCCCACAUCAACCACGAAACCCACUUCAUCUGGACCCUCCACCACGCCAUCUUCGACGGCCCAACCCUACACCACAUCCGGCGCGCCCUCCUCCAAGCCUACCACAACACCCCCUGGACACACCACCCCGCCCCGUUCCCAGAAUACAUCCACUUCCUCCACACCAUCCCCACCACCCCCGCCACGCACUUCUGGACCCGAUACCUCAAGAACUCCCACCCCAGCGUCUUUCCCCCGCACCCCUAUCCCCGUUACCUCGUCCGCCCGCACACCACCCACCGCCUCACCCUCCCCUUCCCCCAAACCCUCCCCCAAUCCCAUCACUCAAUCACAACCGCAACCCUCCUCCACGCCACCUGGGCCCUCACCCUCGCCUCCUUCACCCGCACCACCGACAUCACCUACCAACACCUGCUCAGCGGCCGCACCGCCCCCACCGACCACAUCGAUCAGAUCGCCGGGCCCACCAUCGCGCUCGUCCCCGUACGAAUGAACCUC